AUGGCCACUGCAAAUCAAGCAUUCAUCUUUCUUGCAUUUUUCACAAUAACUUCGUCUCUUUGCUUUGCUUUUGAUCCAAGUCCUCUCCAAGACUUUUGUGUUGCUGAUCUUACUUCUCAAGUGUUGAUGAAUGGGUUUGUGUGCAAAAAUCCUACGACAGUCCAAGCUGAAGAUUUCUUUCUCUCCGGCUUCAACAAGCCUGCUAAGAAAAUGAAUCCUCUUGGUAUUAAUAUAGCUGGAGCAACAGUAGCUCAACUCCCAGGAAUGAACACUCUUGGACUCUCCUUGAUUCGCAUUGACUAUGCUCCUGGAGGAGUUAACCCUCCUCAUACUCAUCCUCGUGCUUCGGAAAUCAUUAUUGUUCUUGAAGGCACAAUUUACGCUGGUUUUGUCUCCUCUAGUCCCAAUGAUACACUCUACUCAAAGGUUUUAUCUGCCGGUGAUGUUUUCGUAUUCCCUCAAGGUCUUACACACUUCAAUAUGAAUUAUGGCCAUUCAAAAGCAGUUGCAUUAGCGGCGUUCAACAGCCAAAAUCCUGGUGCGAUCAUAGCUGGUAAUAAUGUGUUUGGAUCAACACCUCAGAUUUCUGAUGUCCUUCUUGCCAAGGCAUUCCAAUUGAGCAAGGAAACAGUUGACAAACUCCAAGCUAAGACUUGGCCUGUGUUUGGUACAUCAAAGCCUCUGAUUUCUGAUGUUCUUCUUGCCAAAGCAUUCCAGUUGAGCAAGGAAACAGUUGGCAUACUCUAA